AUGCCAAGUGUAAACCUACCAGAUUUUCAUGAUUAUAUUUCGAAUUUGGGUGCUGAAGAAUGCAAGGACAAGUGCCUAGGGUGUUUGGUCUGGUCCAAAGACCUUAUUGAUAUUCAAGAGUUUGCCUCUGGUGGAAAUGAUCUUUUUAUUCGCCUAGCACAUGCAGAAUUAGGAAACGUCAAAGUAACACCUAAGGACUCUGAAAUGGCUGAUAUGAUUGAGACUUCAAGAGACGCUCUUCUUCAUGAAUAUAUAAGAAAACAUGGUCCAUCAGAGUUCGUAAUCUAUGAUUUUGAUAGCAUAUUAAUUGCUACAAGCAAUUUCAGCAUCACAAACAAACUCGGAGAAGGAGGAUUCGGGCCUGUAUAUAGGGGUAAGCUACAAGAAGGGAAGGAAAUAGCAGUAAAAAGACUAUCUGGUAGCUCAGUACAAGGAAUAGAAGAGUUCAAGAAUGAGAUGCUGUUGAUCUCCAAACUCCAAAAUAAGAAUCUUGUAAGGCUCAUGGGUUGA